AUGGACGGCUCAGCUCAUGUAUCUGCGGCUGAAGCAUGUGUAUACAAGUGGUGCGAAGAGUACGGUGACGUCGGUCCCCGCGACCAAAGCCUGGAACAUGAUCUCUUCGGACCUGAGGAAAACCGUGGUCUUGAUGGCAUUGACUAUACGAAGGUUUCGGAGGUUGCUGUGAUCCAAGAGGGUCCUACCCAAAUCAAGCCAGUCGCCAAGUUUGCCGAUGCUGGUUUGCAUCCCGCGAUGCUUGAAAACAUCGCGAUGGCGGGUUACAAGGAUCCGACACCCAUCCAGCAGUACGCGAUCCCUGCCAUUGUCUUGAACAACGACGUGAUUGGCAUUGCACAGACCGGUUCGGGCAAGACCGCAGCCUACAUGAUUCCCAUCUUGAGCAAACUCAUGGGCAAGGCAAAGAAAUGGGCAGGUGUCCGGCCAGAUCCGGGUUCACAAAUGGCCGUCACUGCUGAACCUCUGGUUCUCAUCAUUGUGCCAACACGAGAGCUUGCCAUCCAGAUCUUCAACGAAGCCCGCAAGUUCUGUUACCGUUCCAUGCUCCGCCCAGCGGUCGUCUACGGCGGUGGUCACAUGAACGCCCAGCGGGAGCUUCUCAGCCGCGGCUGUGAUGUCCUCAUCGGUACCCCUGGACGUCUCAAGGACUUCGUGGUACGUGCUGAUCGCACUCUGAGCCUCCACCGCCUCAAGUACGUGGUGAUUGAUGAAGCUGAUGAGAUGCUUCAUGACGACUGGCACGAUGAGCUCAGCCCGAUUUUGAACGCACAGCAACAGCUUGGUGCCAUGCGCUACGUUAUGUUCUCUGCGACGUUCCCCAAGGCGGCCCGAGACCUGGCCAAAGAAUACCUGGCCGAAGACCACGUCAGGUUCCGAGUUGGUCGCGCGGGCAGCACGACGGCCAACAUCCGCCAGCGCAUCAUUGAGGUUCCCAAGGAAGAGAAGCACGACAACUUGGUGGCGCUUCUCGACGCCAUCACUGGCGUGCGAACGAUCAUCUUCUGCAACUCGCAUUUCUCUGUCGACCACGUCGAGGACUACCUCUUCCACAGGGGGUAUCCCGUGGUUUCUAUCACGAGCCAGCGGUCGCAGCUCGACCGUGAGUUUGCGAUGCGUCGCUUCCGCUCCGGAAACGCUCCAAUUCUCGUAGCCACAGGUGUGGCUGCUCGUGGCAUCGAUGUCCACAACGAGUUGCCUAGCAUGGACUAUGGCGGCAUUGAAGAGUACACGCAUCGGAUUGGUCGCACAGGUCGCAUUGGCCGCAACGGAUUGGCGACAUCUUUCUUCGGUGAUAGGGAUGAGCCCAUGGCUGACGUGCUGGCUCGCACGCUUCUUGAAGCUGGCCAGGAGAUUCCCGAUUUCCUCCAAGACUACCUUCCCGCCGGCAUGACGAAGGAAACUGUCAAGUUUGAGACCGAAUCUGACUUUGACGAGACCGAAGCGCAGGCCGGCGAUGAAGCAGAUGGUGGUGCUGGAGGUGCUGGAGGUGGCGCGUGGGGAGGCGAUACCAACAUCAACGAUGCAGGAGGUGAUGUCUGGGGUACAACUUCCUCUGCCCCUGUCGAGCAGCAGCCUCAGGCUACGGCGGCUUGGUGA